UCUUUUUUUCUCCUAGCCAGUUUACUUGCGAUCGCCAUAUUGGGUGCUCGCCUACUCGAAUGACCCGUCUGUUUUUCUUCGGAAUUACUACGAGACGUGUUCGGGGCCGCGCGCUGUUUUCAUGACUUGUUUUCCACGCGCUCUAGUCUUUCCACACGCACUGGCGCGUUUGUUAUGCGUGCGCUCUGCGAUUCACUCGGCUUUCUUGGGAGGGUUCGCUUUUAGUUAGAGUGCGUCUGGCUCGAUUGCGACUGCGAAUCUCGGACAAACUUUCAUGUGCAAAAUGUCAAAAGUGCGCGUCUCCAAUGGAAGUCCCACGCUGGAGAGGGUGGACGCGAGGCAGGCGGACCACGCCAAACCGCCGGUCUGCCGCAUUCUCUUCGGCUCCGGGGAUCGCGAAGAGCUCGCCAGGGAAGUCGAGGACCAAAUGCGGGAUAUGGAGAAAGCGUCCAAGGAAAAAUGGAAUUACGACUUCGCCAAGAACGAGCCGCUCGCGCCGGGAAAUUACGAGUGGCAAGAGGUGGACGCCAAAGAGGUCCCGGAGUUUUACAUCAGACCGCCUCACGUAAAACGGGCUAACGUUACCUCUACCGGGACUGUGGUGGACCAUAACGGGAACCACGAUUAUUUGUUGACAACUCCCUCCCUGGAGAGCGCAGAGGGGGACUCUGACAGCACGGAGACCGGGAGUCGGACGGAUUGCCGAACGGCGCUCACUACGCCGAGGAAAAGACCGUCGACAGAGGAUCGGGAUCUUCCUUGCCAAAGCAAAAGACCCAACGUGCACGCGACCGAGGAGAACCGCUGUCCGGAUACGACGAGUUCGCUCGAGCAACCCAGCAAGUCAGAUCCCAAAACGUAAACAAGGUGAGGACAGAUGAAAACGCCUAUUUUCUCCAUCAAAUACUUCAAGAGCUUUAUGAAGUAAACAGGGACAGCAGUUGAAAAAUACAAAUCGAGCCUUGGAGAGGCUGUAUAAGCACUGAAUUUUUACACUAAAGUUUUGGCACUCGACAAAAUAUGUUUGCCUCAAAAGCAGAUAAUGUAGCAGUGUGCAAUUGGAGUUGCUUCAUUUGUUCUUUUACUACCUAUGUAUAUACUUUCAUUUUAUAUGUAGCACAUUUAAAUGUAAUAUUAAGAUUAAAAAAAACAAUCAUUUAUAAAUGGAGUGCGUUUGACUUGAAGAAUUGCUGUGCAGUUUUUAAACGUCUCCCUAAAAUUAACCCUUUUAAAGUAAAUACCUAUGUACACACACACAUACACACACAGCAUGUCCCUUUAAUUAGGUUAAACAAUCCCAUUGUCUCAGUUUUGGCUGGCUACAGCAGCACAAUCUUGGCCAUUUUUAAGCUGCACAAAUGUCACUGUCUUCAUUAAUGUCAUUCAUGUUUAUUGGUACUUAAUAUGAUUUUACCAGCCAACAGCACCUGGUCAAUUGUGUUCUUCUCUGAAGGGACUGUGACUCGUAGUGUGGUAUUAAGGUUUUUACACUUCUUUACAGUAUUAUAUCCCUGGGUUAUUCCACUAAUUUCCUUUUAUUUAAAUUAUUUUUUGUUGUUUUGGCAUAAUUAUAUAAAUUCUCAAAUCCUACUGAGUACACGUUCAAAAAAAUAAAUAAAUAAAGUGCAACUGUACUGACCAAUUGAUUUGCUUUUUUUUUUUUUAGGUCAAUUUGAUGUUUUUCUAUUCAUUGCUGUGUAGCAUAAUGUUUGUAUAUAUUUUUAUUUUGGAUUUUCUUAACACUGGGCCAUACUAUUAAGAACAACACAUGAAGCCACUUUUUUGCCACAACAUAUUUGGCUUUCAUGUUGAACAUGACAUGGCACUAUGACAAAAAUAUGUAUACACCGGCAAAAAAAAAAACACCCCUAAAUUAAGACGUUACACAGCAAGUGUGAAAAACAUUGAAGUAUACCUGUGCAUACAGCUUUGUAAAGAAGAAAAAAAGGAUAAAAAAAAA